AUGUCAAUCUUUGCAUCAUUAGAGAAAUUAUCUCUAAGUAGUUCAAUCAAAAAAAUGAAUCAACAAAUAAACAAUGAUAUUACUAAAAUGCAAAAUCAAUGUUUAGAUAACCAAAAUUGUAGUCAUAAUGAACUAUCACAAUUUAAAUGGAAAUUGGUUAAAUUUAGAUCAUUUUAA